UUUCGAAGCCAAACAUAUGAAAACUAAUGCCAAGUAUUUUUCUCUGACAUGUACUUCUAUCCGCGAUCAAAAGGAUUUACUGGACGCUGUAAGAAUCUUAACCGAGACUGCUUCUUAUAACAUUAGUUUGCAGGUGAAAUAUAGUCGAUUUGAUAAUAUAUCGCAAUUGGCUCUCGAGUUCGACAAGAUAAAACAUGCCGGCUCCAAAGAUGACAGAACUAUCAAUAUCAUUGGCUUAGAGCUGGCCUACAUUAAAUUUAAUAGCGUGACUCCCGAAGCUUUGCGGCCAUUGGCCCAAAAUCUUGUUUCACUGGUCAUGUUCGAUAGCGUAUAUAAGCCGACCCUGACAGGACCCAAGCUCGAUAUGCUCUACGAAGCUUUCAAAACCUUAAAUAACUUGGAAACGCUUUCUUUAACCCAUCAGGAAGAUAAAUUCGACGCCUCAUUCAUCGAAAACUUUCCCAAGCUUAUAACGCUCACCCUGAUCCUACCCCAAUUGCGACACCUCAAAAAUUCUAAAGGGUUUAGGUCCUUAACAAAUCUUAAAGUAUUGAAGUUCGCGAGCAAAUUGUCUUACCUUCCGAAAUCGAUAGCCUCGCUUCCUCAUUUAGAAAUAUUUACCUAUACCAGUACCCUGGCUAUUUUCCAAAAUGAUACUCUGAGCAGUUUUGGCCCUGAAUUAAGGAGACUCCAUUUAUCCGGUAACCGAUUCGAUAAAAUCCCGGUCGACACUUUUCAAAAGAUCCUCAUAUUAGAAUAUCUUAUUUUAACCGACAAUCAUCUCGAAUCGUUGCCACCCUUAUGCUCACCGUCGCAUUCUUCCACUGGAGAGAAAAAUGAAGACAUAACAAUUGAAGGAGGUGUUGUUCAUUCUAGCAAAGCCGAGACCAAAAAAAAUAAUCUGACUCAACUGGACCUGUCUCAUAAUGAAUUCAAGGAUGGCUCCCUUACGAAGGAGACAUUUGCCAGUUGUACCUCCCUUACUCAUUUAAUUUUGGAGGAUAACCACCUCUCAAACUUGCCCGGUGAUAUGUUAGACGAUUCCCGAAAUAGCCUACAAGAACUUUCAUUCAGCGAAAAUAGGCUUAAGCAGUUUCCCACUUCGCUGUUAUCCAAACUGAAUAACCUCACGUAUCUCGGCCUCGCUAAAAACGAGUUCCAAAAUGUGCCCAUUUUUGCUUUCAAAAAUAAUCCCAAACUCCAGUCCGUAUACUUAAACAUGAAUAAUCUUAAGGAAUUCGAUAUGAAAACCUUGUUACCGGCCAAGCGUUCCUUGAGUAUUCUCGAUCUUAGGAAAAACCAUUUGAGCUCAUUCGAUUUCCAACAUUUGGAGUAUUUCGAUAACCUGACUCAUCUGGAUCUAAGUUACAAUAAUUUGACGAGCGUGAAAGGAUUGCUAGAUUUAGAAUUGAUCCAUCGCCAGAUAUAUUACAUCUAUCUACAAGGCAAUCCACUAGUCUGCGAUUGCGAUACUUUUCUACUGGCUCAAUGGUUUCACGAAACAUCUGGUUUGAUCGAUUUCCCCCAUAAAUUAGACUUAACCACUUGUAGCAACCCCUCAAAGGGCCUUAACGAAAUCAAUAUUCUGAAAAAAACUAUGAUCGGCAUUUUGACGCCAAGUUGUGAACCACCUUCGCCGUCUAGCGAUACAAACAAUAAUCCAUCUUCUUCUUCACCGCUGGUAACAAAAGGUUUGGUUGGUGACGUAAAAACGGGCGAACAGAGCACCACAAAGAGAAGGACCUCUUCACUCGUUAUAGCGGGCACACUGUGUAGCAUCGCAACCAUCAUUCUGGCAGCCUUAGUAAUAACGGGUCGCAUUUUCAAGAAAUGCAAUUACGCAAAUACCUCCUUACUUUCUAAAUUUAUAUGGCCUUUCAAACAUAGAAACGGUACCCUGAAAUGUUGGAAUACUGGAACUUCUGAUCGUAUUAGAUUCGUUAAUAAAGAAGGCAAUAACAGUACUCUUCCCACGUCCUCGGCAUAGAUUUCAAUAUAUAGCGUUUUUAAUGGCGUAGUCUCCAUUUGCAAUAUCAUAGUGACUACUUUGAACCUGAUUGUUAUUGAAAAAGGGUAAA